AUGCCACAUAUUCGAACACCAUCGAAUUCUCGCGAGUCAUCCUACGAUUCUAUCCCACCACCCCAGGUGUCCACUACGUUGGCACCUGCAUCGCCGAUUCCUCCCUCCUUGUAUUAUUCCCCACAACCAGAAAGUUCUGACGACGACUAUACCAGUUCGAAUGGAGGUUCAACGUGGUCAAAGUCGCGGAAACUAUCUACAGGCAGCGGAAUAUCCAUGCCGCAUUCGCCCAUGUCUCCGUUUGUUCGCUCACAUCCACGAUCGCCGUCCGUCAGCUCAGAAGCUUCCAAUUACCUACCACGCCCAUCCUUUAAUUUCUCUCGCCCGCUCAGUCGUUCUAGCACGAGUAUGAGUUUGUCAGCGCCGUCACCAGUUAUGCCUUCCGAAACGCCAUCUCAGCCCAAUUCGAACAUUUCAACACCAGUUUUAGCGACGCACUCGACAAAUGGGAUACGAAGAGAGAAUAAGCCAGCGCCGAUUGUUCUCGGCGCAGAACCCAUGUCUGCAGUGGGCGAGGAACCGCCCUCAUCUGCCGUUGAGUCGUACGUGUAUGCCAAGUAUUCCCUUCCUCGUGGACGUAUGGUUUCGAGAAAUUCAUUGGUGUUUGCCGGGUUGCAAACCCCUCAUUUCGAAUGGAAGGAGCCUCUUUUCCAAAGUUCACCUCCGCAAGAGCGCCGAACUCCGUCUCCAGAGGCACAUUUCAAGGAAGCUCCGACCAAUGCUACGUUUAAUACUCGGCCGCCUGAUACUCCACUAGAAGUGCCUACACGGGUCGAUCCCCUUGAUACUGUUCCUACGACAGUGCGCCAAUCGCACGAAAUUGUUCGAGAGACAGGCCAGCAUCCUGUUUUGCAACGUUCAUAUAGCGAGCGCCUGGAUGACGCGACGUCGGUGUCAACAGAGUCCAAUAGCACGAUCCGACCUCCCACUUCGAAGACGACGGCUACAUCACCAGCAAUGGAGCAGACGGCCGAAGAGCAUGUCGAGAAGGGUAUUGAAUGUCAUGAGAAAGGAGCACUGCAGGAGUCGACUUAUCAUUUAAGAAUUGCCGCGAAACAAAACCACCCGACUGGCAUGUUAUUGUAUGCCUUGGCUUGUCGACACGGCUGGGGCAUGCGACCGAAUCAGCGAGAAGGCGUGCAGUGGCUGCGAAAAGCAGUUGACUCAGCCGGACUCGACAUUGGCGAAGACGACGAAGCGCCCGCAGGUGGCAGGGAUGCAGCAGCUCGUAAAGCUCGUCGGGCGCAAUUCGCUCUUGGCAUCUAUGAGCUAGGAGUUAGCCAUUUGAAUGGCUGGGGGAUUGAGCAGGAUAAAGUUUUGGCGCUCCGGUGUUUUGAAAUUGCUGCGCAGUGGGGUGAUGCGGAUGCUCUUGCGGAGGCAGGAUUCUGCUAUGCAGAGGGCAUUGGGUGUAAGAAGAAUUUGAAGAAGGCUGCUCAUUACUAUCGGUUGGCGGAAGCCAAGGGCAUGAGCAUGGUUGGAAAUAGCUGGAUCUACAAAGACAAAUAUAUGAGUGAUGACGAGGACUCGAAGCGAUCUCGACAGCCACGCAGACGAGACACGGGCGCAUCGGACAAGAAUCCACGCAGUAAAUCUCGAACACGCAGUAUUUUUGCACGAAAAAAAUGA